AUGUCAAACGAACUUAUUCUUUGUGUCUGGGAUCAUUUAUCAUCUGCCGAUGUCAUUUACAGUUUCUCAAAUCUCAAUACUCGUAUUGAUUCAUUGUUGUUAGAAUUUCAUGGACUUUACAAAGAAUUGGACUUACGUUAUUGUUCACUUUCAGCCUGUCGGUUCUUAUGUCGUCAAGUACCAACGAUGAUUGAAUGGCGUCUUGGUCUUAUUGUUCUCAAAUUAGGCAAUCGUUAUCGAUCUUGUCAAAUAGACUUAUUCGGAUACGAAGUAGCAAAAUCAAUCGUCAUAGAUCAUUUGUUAAGAGAAGGAAAAUCAUGUCAAGAUAUAUCAAACGAUAUGUUUCGUGUGUUAAUGACAUGUCGCAAGCAUGUACAACCGAUAUUUCCUCAAUUGACUUCUUUCAUUGUUUUUCAAACGACAUCUAUUAGUGAAGAAUGCAGAGAUGCACUGUUAUAUAGUGUAGCUGGUGGAUCAGCAGUACGUACAUUUACUUGGAAUGCUUGUUCUGAUCAAACUCAUCAUUCAAGAGUAUUCUUUGAUUGGUUAUUUCAAUAUUCAGUUGAUCUUGUUAGUUAUCAACUACGAACUCCACCAUGUGAAAAUGGAUUUGAACUCACGUACGAACAUACAACAAUUCAUAAUUAUGUUCCACAUCGUUCUCUCGUUCAUCUUACUAUCAAUAUUCUCAAUCUAACUACACUUUAUGUAUUACUUCAUUAUCUUCCUCAACUUGAAUAUUUAGGACAAUUAAUUAAGCUAUCAAGUCGACAGAUACUAUCAGAUUUUAUUGAAACUUUUCGUACAUCUUUUUGGCUCGAUGGACCUUUAGGUUCGAUACGAGUAUGCAUUGAUUAUCAUGAAGUAUUUGGUUUCAUACAAAUGUUUUCGCUUCCAUAUACAUUUUCUGAUACUACUCUCUUUCUUACAAUCGAUUUAAUUGGUGUAUUAUUCAAUACUAGAGAAGAAAAAAUAGAAACAUCGGACGGUCUAUCUGUAGCACUUGGACCUCUCUGGUACGAAAUGAGAUGGUUAUUAAUCUCGUUGGUUAAAAAUCAAAAAAUACCAAUGUCAUUUCUUCGUGCUCUUCAAUAUUGCAAGCGACAAGGUAAAGUGUUGGUUCUAUCACAAGAAAGAGGAAUAAUGUCAAAUAACAUAGAAGAUUAUGUGCAACUGACACAUUUCACCAAGCUACAACUCAAUGGUUGGAUUGAUGCUAGUCGUACUUAUGAUCUUGAACGACUAAUUGACUGGCUUCGUUUACUACCAAAUAUAACAUGUCUUUAUAUUGAUUCAACUGAAUUGAAAUAUUGGUUUACUAACAAUUGUACUCAUCCCUAUCUUGAUACUUUUCUCCAACGUCUUGAUCGAUUGUAUGUUGAUUGUUCGUCAAUUAUGAACAUAAAUCUAAAUGAAGAAUUUCUAAUGCCAUUUCUUUCUUUCGUUAUUGAUAAACGUCGUUUUCCUCGAUUAGUAUGUUUACGUUUAAUAGAAUGUAAGCACAUUUCUUCAGCAUGGUCCAACAUUAACAAAUGGAUCGAUUUCAUUCUUAUUCAUAUCAAUGAACAUCAAUUGAAAUGUUUGCGUUUCGAUUUUAUUGAAAAAGAACACCAACUACCUGAUAUACAGCCACAUGAUGAAAUAAUUACAAUCAUUGAACCUUCUUAUGUUGUUAAUAUUCAUCGAUUGGUUUUGGAGAAUUAUGUCUCAUUUUGGAUAGAACGAAAACAAAAAUAA